AUGUCAUUCAAGGGGUUCACUAAGGCGGUCCAGAGGGCCCCACAGUCAUUUAGACAAAAGCUGAACAUGGGCCAACAGACUUCGGAUCCUGUUUACGAGGAUGCAGAGCGUCGGUUCAAGGAACUUGAGUCGGAGACGAAGAAGCUCAGUGAUGAGUCGAAACGUUAUUUCAAUGCGGUGAACGGGAUGUUACAGCAUCAGAUUGGGUUUUCGAAAGCCAUGUCUGAGAUUUUCAAGCCAAUCAGUGGUAAGAUGUCUGACCCUAAUGCAACUGUUCCUGAGGACAAUCCAGAGGGUAUCGAGGCCAGUGAGCAGUAUUGUUCGAUUGUUGCGGAGCUGCAAACUACGUUGAAGCCGGAUUUGACGCUUAUUGACGAGAAAAUUGUGAAGCCAGCACAAGAGCUUUUAAAGAUUAUCGACCGGAUUCGGAAGAUGGCCACGAAGAGAAACCACAAGAAAUUGGAUUUGGACCGUGCGUUGAACACCUUCAACAAGUACGACCAGAAGGCCAACCCUACUCCCAAGGAUGAGGAAAAGAAGUACAAGGCGGAGGCCAACGUCCAAGUUGCACAGCAAGAGUACGAUUACUACAACGAUAUGUUGAAGAACGAGUUGCCAUACCUUUUCCAGUUGGAAGGUGAGUUUGUGAAGCCAUUGUUUGUGUCGUUCUACUACAUGCAAUUGAACAUUUUCUACACAUUGUACAACAAGUUCCAGGACAUGAAAAUCCCAUACUUUGACCUGGACACCGAUAUCUUGGAGGCCUUCCAGGCGAAGAGGGGCAACAUCGAGGAGCAAACGGAUUCGUUGACGAUUACCAAUUUCAAGUUGGGGUACUCCAAGGCGAAGUUGGAUAUGACGAGGAAGCGUUACGGUGUUAACGACUCGAGACCAGGCAGUCCAGGAUCGCCAGUGGGCCAGCCACCAGCUUAUGGUGCUGGUUUGGGGUCUCCAGGUGCCCCAGGUGCCCCAGGUGCUCCAGGUGCUCCAGGCGCUGCAGGCGCUGCAGGGUACAACUACGGUGCUCAACAGCCAGCAUACGGCGCUCAACAACCAGCAUAUGGCGCCCAGCAACCAGCAUACGGCGCUCCAGCAGCUGGCGCAGCCGUCGGAGCCGGUGUGGGAGCCGGUGUGGGCGCUGCGGCCGCCGCAGGUGGCUAUGGCUACAACUCGCCCUCUGCCACGGCCACACAGGCCUCGUACACCCCACCCACCAGCGUUGGAACAGAAACGUGUACUGCUCUGUACGACUACACAGCACAAACUGAGGGCGACUUGUCGUUCCCAGCAGGUGCCGUUAUUCAAGUGGUGGACCGUUCUGACGCUGCCGGAUGGUGGGUCGGCAUUUAUAACGGGGUCCAGGGUGUGUUCCCGGGCAACUAUGUCGAGCUCUCCAAGUAG